CGUUCAUUUCUUUGGUCGAGACGUUGAGAAAAAACAACAACCAGUUUUCUUACACAAACGCAGACCCGCCGUCCUCCUCCGUCCAUUUUGGAGCCGCUCUUCUCCGGAGAAUCUUUGUCUGAAUACCGUUCAACUUUUUAAUAUCUUCUUCUUCAUCAUCAUCAAGAUCUGAUUAUCAGCUGAACCAGCUGGUUCAGAGAGAUUCCCUCUGAAACAAAAAAAAGGGGUGUUGUUUUAAGGGAAAGAAACGGCUGAGUUUGCUCGGCCGGAUUAUAUAUACGUUACACAGUAUGGAUUCCAAACAGAUACUGUAGAUUAUUGAAGGCCGAGUGAACAGAUACUGUAGAUUGACUCGGCCGAGUUGUUCGUCAAUUGGAUCAGGUUAGUGUAACUGAUGAUACACGUUGAACGGUGGAGACGAACCUGACUGAUACGGAGCUGACUUGGGCCGAGUUUUGAGGUUGCUGAUUUUGGAACAAUAUUCGGUCAAUUUUGUGAAGAAUUUUUGUUUGUGGCAUCAAUUAUCCUACCAUUUGUGUGUGAAUAUAUACUUAGAAUUGUGAAAACAGUAGACAGACAGAGAAAAAAAAAAGAUCUGGCCUAUCUUUGCAUUUCGUUGGCAAUAUCAUUGUUUUGAUUUUGGAUUGGAUAUGGGAAAACCAAGUGGCAAGAAGAAGAAGAGUGAUGCAAGUUUGAAACACAGCAGAUCAGGAGAGCCGACCCCUAAAGCAUUUGAUGAGGAUGAAGCUGUCUUUGUUACGAUGUCGCAGGAAUUGAAGGAUGAAGGAAACAGGUUGUUUCAGAAGAGGGAUCAUGAAGGAGCUAUGUUAAAAUAUGAAAAGGCCCUUAAGUUGCUUCCUAGAAACCACAUAGACAUUGCCUAUCUUCGGAGCAACAUGGCAGCUUGUUAUAUGCAAAUGGGUAUAGGUGAGUACCCUAGAGCAAUCAAUGAAUGCAAUCUGGCUUUAGAAUCCACUCCCAAGUACAGCAAAGCUCUCUUGAAGAGAGCAAGAUGUUACGAGGCUCUAAAUAGGUUGGAUUUGGCCUUAAGAGAUGUCAACUUGGUUUUGAAUGUGGAACCAAAUAAUCUCACUGCAGUUGAGAUUGCACAAAGGGUAAGGCAGACACUCGAGAAAAAAGGUCUCACAGUUGAUGAUAAAGGGGUAAUUUCGGUUCCAAACUUAGAUCCUCCUGUUGCUUCUCCUACUUGCAAAGUAAUGAAGCAGAAACUAAGAAAGAAAAAGAGCAAUAAAGCUACUGAAGAGAAGAAGGUCGAUAUUGAGGAUUUGAAGGCAGAUCUUGAGGAUAAGAAGGCAGAGGAUAAGGUGGUUGUGGAGGUUGAUGUGAGUCCUGUUAAGGAAGUAGAUACCCUAAAGACUGUGAAAUUGGUUUUCGGGGAAGAUAUAAGAUGGGCUCAAAUCCCUACUAAUUGCAGUGUUCAACGUGUAAGGGAGAUAAUUCAGGAUCGAUUUCCAGGCUCGAAAGCUUUUCUCAUCAAAUACAGGGAUCAAGAGGGAGACUUGAUAACUAUCACUUCCACAGAGGAGCUUAGAUGGGCUGAAGUAUCAGCUGAGCAACAUGGUUCAAUCAGGUUAUAUAUUGUUGAAGUUAAUUCCGACCAGGAACCGCUGUUUUUGGGAGUGAAGACCUGUUCUGAGGUGCCGGUGCUUACAGCAAACCGUAAUGGCUCAGAGAAUGGCAACACUCGGAAAAAUGGAAAAGGAGAAAAAGGGUCAUAUAUUCAAGAUUGGAUCAUCCAAUUUGCUGGGAUGUUCAAGAAUCAUGUUGGAUUAGAUUCUGAUGCUUAUCUUAACCUCCAUGAACUUGGAAUGAAGCUUUACUCUGAAGCAAUAGAGGAUACUGUUACUAGUGAAGAAGCUCAAGAUCUUUUUGAGUUGGCGGAAAAGCAGUUCCAAGAAAUGGCAGCCUUGGCCAUGUUUAAUUGGGGUAAUGUUCAUAUGUCUAAGGCAAGAAAGAGGGUUUCCUUCGUCGAAGAAUCUUCAAAAGAAUCCGUACUUAUGACAGCUAAAAGCACAUAUGAGUGGGCACAGAAAGAAUAUGUAAAGGCUGGGAAGAGAUAUGAAGAAGCUUUACGGAUCAAAGCAGAUUUCUAUGAAGCACAUCUAGCACUUGGGCAGCAACAAUUUGAGCAAGCAAAACUUGUAUGGUGUUAUGCUAAUGGAAGUGGGGUAGAUUUGGAAACAUGGCCAUCUACAGAAGUUCUCCAACUUUUCAACAGUGCCGAAGAUAAUAUGGAAAAUGGGUUGCAAAUGUGGGAAGACAUAGAGGAGCAGCAGCGUCUGAGCAAGAAACAAGCCAAACAAAAUAAGUUUAAAUUGCACUUGAAGGAAAUGGGUCUGGAUGGGCUAUUUACAGAUGUAUCAACCGAAGAAACUGCAGAAAGGUCAACAAAUAUGAAGUGCCAGAUUAAUGUCUUAUGGGGUACGAUUCUGUAUGAGCGAUCUGUGGUGGAAUUCAAACUAGGAAUUCCACUCUGGGAAGAAUGUCUAGAGGUUGCUGUUGAGAAAUUUCAACUUGCUGGAGCUUCUACAACUGAUAUUAGCGUCAUACUGAAGAACCACUGUGCAAGUGAAACUGCUAUUGAUGGUCUGGAGUUCAAAAUUGAUGAGAUAGUACAGGCAUGGAACGAGAUGUAUGAUGCUAAAAGAUGGCAGCUUGGGGUUCCAUCUUUCCGACUUGAACCAUUAUUUCGACGUCGGGCACCAAAAUUGCAUGAUAUUCUAGAGAAUUUGUGAGUUUUAUUUAUUCAUACUUUUCCUUUGGCGUGUUUGAGUUAGGAUAAAAAGUUCAUCAUUAUAGAAAGAUAAAUCAUUCUUUUCUCAGUCUAGGUAAAAUCUCAAAAAAUUCAUGUGUCAGUUUGCGUCUUUUGGAAAAACAAAUUGAUGGUUAUAAUACUUUACAUUACUCUUUUUUGUUUGUUUGUUUGGAGCUGGUGCCACCAAGGGACUCCAGAACAUGCCCUUGGUCGUCUAGCAUAUUUUAGACAGGUUUUAGUUUUUGGAAUUGAAGUCUGUAUUUUGUUGACAGUUAUCACCAUUUAAGAUAUUCAUGGUUAUGUUACAUUUUUUUUCUUUUUCUA